ACACAUUUCCUCUGUCCUUCAUCAUCUACUGUAGAUGUCUCUGGCACCCUUCUCUGUCUCUUUCUUCUCCCUGCUCUCUCUUUUCCUCUGUAAGUUACAUCAUACAUGAACUCUUAUCAAUGUGAGCUGUAGGCUGAUCAUAGCAGGCAGCAAAUAGUAGCCGUGACAGGUAGCAGGUGACAGAAAGAGACAACAGUGACUGACGCCAGCUCUACUAGAGCGACACAACGCAAACCUGCAGUCACACUAUGGAUAGUACAUAGACAGGUUCUGGUGACUAUAUAGCGGAUUGGCAAAUGGACAUGUAGGACCAAGUGACAUGCACACACACACUCUUGUGCAGUAUAUUGCAUCACAUGCCUAUACUCCUAUAAUAAUCAGUAACAGCAACAUCCAGGUACUGGAACAGCCGGAGAGACAGAGGAUUUUAGUGUGACAGACUCGCAUACUUUAGGCAUCCUGCUGGAUCUCUGUCUGGAGGACAAGGCUGGAACCAUGGAGCAGUUUGCGCCUCAAGAUGUGGAACAGAUGCUGUCCGAGUUCAAGCUUCAUGAAGAAGAGUUGCAGGUCCUGAUGGACAGAUUGCAGGCAGAGAUGGACCGAGGUCUUCAUCUGGAGACCAACGAGGAGGCUAGUGUUAAAAUGCUGCCCACCUAUGUGCGAUCCACACCUGAUGGCUCCGAGGUUGGAGAUUUCCUGGCCUUGGAUCUCGGAGGUACUAACUUCCGUGUAAUGCUGGUGAAAGUUGGGGAGGAUCUGGAUGGACUGUGGAAAGUGGAUACGAAACACAAAAUGUAUUGCAUACCUGAGGACGCCAUGACCGGAACUGCGGAAAUGCUGUUUGAUUACAUUGCUGAAUGUAUAUCUGAUUAUCUGGACCAGCAAAAUAUGAAACACAAGAAGCUGCCCCUGGGAUUCACCUUCUCCUUUCCAGUCAGACAUGAAGAGAUUGACAAGGGGAUCCUUCUGAACUGGACCAAAGGCUUCAAAGCAUCAGGAGCGGAGGGGAACAAUGUGGUUGGACUGCUGAGAGAUGCUAUCAAGAGAAGAGGGGAUUUUGAGAUGGAUGUUGUUGCCAUGGUGAAUGACACUGUUGCUACAAUGAUCUCUUGUUAUUAUGAAGAUCAUCGUUGUGAAGUUGGCAUGAUAGUAGGUACUGGCUGCAAUGCAUGUUACAUGGAAGAGAUGUGUAAUGUGGAGCUGGUAGAGGGAGAAGAGGGUCGCAUGUGCGUAAACACAGAAUGGGGUGCGUUUGGGGACACGGGCGAACUGGAAGACUUUCGACUGGAGUAUGACCGAGUUGUGGAUGAAGGAUCACUAAAUCCUGGUCAGCAGCUCUAUGAGAAGAUGAUUGGUGGGAAGUACAUGGGAGAGCUGGUCAGGCUGGUCCUGAUGAAGAUGGUCAAUGAGAAUCUGCUAUUUGGAGGAGAAGCUUCUGAGAAGCUGAAAACAAGAGGAAGUUUUGAAACGCAGUUUGUGUCACAGAUAGAAGGAGACUCUUCAGAUUUCAAACAAACCAGCAACAUCCUGCGAACGCUGGGGGUGCGGUACACACCGGAGGAUUGCCAGGCCGUGCGCAUGGCUUGUGAGAGCGUGUCCACGCGAGCAGCGGUCAUGUGUGCUGCCGGCCUUGCUGGGGUACUCAACCGCAUGCAUAAAAACCGAGGAGAGGACUUUCUGGAGAUCACAGUGGGAGUGGAUGGAUCUGUUUACAAACUGCACCCUAGCUUCAAGGACAAGUUACAUUCUGCAGUACACAAACUAUUACCAAAGUGCGACAUCAUCUUCAUCCAAUCAGAGGAAGGCAGCGGGCGAGGCGCUGCGCUGAUAUCCGCAGUAGCAUACAAGAUGGCUUCUCUUAUUGGUCAUUAGCAACCAUCUCACUCUAUUUCCUCAGCUUCUGAGCUACAGCAGACAAGGACAAUUACCUGCGCAGGUCACACAAGCCCACACUGUCCCAUAACCCUGGAGAACGGCUAUUAAGCUAUCAUGAUCUGCAGGAGGCACAGAACAUCUCUCCACAGCUCCAGCAUCUACUGUACAUACACCUGCAGAGCACUGUCAUUCAGAUUUUCUGAGGAGCACUGAAGUCAGAGGCAUUUUCCCAAUGCAUCUUUGUGGUGACGCAUAUUUGCCACUGAACGAGCUCUAGGGAAGAUAGUCCUGAUCCAAUAACUCACCCCUUAGUUUAGUUGCCAUUUCAGUGCGAGUGUAUGGCAAAAUGUGCAAAGACAGGGAGCAAAGCAUUGUUUCCCUUCUCUCAGUUCCAGGGAAUUCUGAAAUGCCAGUCCAAUAAAGACCCAGAAAGCAAUGGUUCUUCUCCUAAUAACAUUUCUCAUUCAAGUACUUACAGCGUGUCUGCUGUGUGAUGUAUUAAUAAUGGGGAUAUAGGCAGAGUGGAACAACCUGAUUACAGACAUGGACAGUCUUACAAACAUCCAGCCUGGAGACUGGACAGGACAUCGUACAGCCAUGGUUACUGUGACUACAGUACGAGGAGAACAUGAAUGGCGCAUAGUCUCACAGGCAAAGAUCUGAGCAUUCGUGCACUGUAACAAGAUACCUUUUCUUCUGAGGACCAAUAACAAAUAAAUGAUGUCUACGAUGCCGAACUUUGUCUUAGCAGUGUCAGUGCCAGCUGUGACUCUAGUAAAACAUGAAGCAGUAAUUGUAGCUAUGUGUAUUAGACAUGUAUUUGAAUAAAUGAGAAUAAAACAUGCAGUAGCAAAAGAUUAAUAAAUGUAAAAAAAAAAAAAAAAUUUUCAUGACUAAAAGUAAUAAACAGAGGCUAUUUCUCAAAAUGGGGGCCCAGGGAACUACUGUCUGCAGAAAAGUUGCUAAAGGGUCUGUGCAGUGUGUGUGUGUGGCUCUGUGCCUUGGAGGUGGGGGCUCUAUAGGCGCGGGUUUGUAUAGCUUGUUGCAGGGCUUAUUUUGUCCCCACUUUUUUUUUUUUUUUUUUGCAAUGAUAAGAUAUGUUAGCGCACCUAUUAUGCAAAGUCCUCCAGUAUGUUUAAGGAACUCUCAUACUACAAAGGACUUUGUUGCAGGCAGAGUGAAGGCGCCAGUCACAUAACUACAUCCCGAGUGAGGGGUUGGCUAUAGGUCAAUACAUGGAUGUUAAGUAUCCGGUCAGUCUCGAGUCUUGCAUGAGGUUGACGUAUUAUAAAAAUGUUCUAGAUUCAAAAUUUAAUUUCCUGUCAUAUGCUUUGGAGUUUCCAGGCAGGCUGAAGCUUUGUGGAUAUUUUUGUUGGUUUGCCCAGUUAGUUAAUAGUCCUAUAACAAUCUGUUUAUUUUUAGGAAACCAAUGUAUUCUGUCUUUCUCACCAUCCAUUUCCCCUCUGCUCACAGAUGAUGAUGUUAUUGCUAACUGUAGUAACUGUAUCUUACAGGAUCAGCCAGGUGCAUCCACUGGGGACAGACUGCAGGCUAUACCUCUUAUACAUUAUGCUGCUCAAUGUAAGAUAUUAAUAUGCACAUACAAUCAAUGCGUACAGUGCUGUGACAUGUAUGUAUUAUGCACAAUGCUGUGACAUGUAUGUUUAUUACGCACAGUGCUGUGACAUGUAUGUGUAUUACGCACAGUGCUGUGACAUGUAUGUGUAUUACGCACAGUGCUGUGACAUGUAUGUGUAUUACACACAGUGCUGUGACAUGUAUGUGUAUUACACACAGUGCUCUGACAUGUAAGUGUAUUACGCACAGUGCUGUGACAUGUAUGUGUAUUACGCACAGUGCUGUGACAUGUAUGUGUAUUACACACAGCGCUGUGACAUGUAUGUGUAUUACGCACAGUGCUGUGUCAUGUAUGUGUAUUACGCACAGUGCUGUGACAUGUAUGUGUAUUACGCACAGUGCUGUGACAUGUAUGUGUAUUACGCACAGUGCUGUGACAUGCAUGUGUAUUACGCACAGUGCUGUGACAUGUAUGUGUAUUACGCACAGUGCUGUGACAUGCAUGUGUAUUACGCACAGUGCUGUGCGAUGUAUGUGUAUUACGCACAGUGCUGUGACAUGUAUGUGUAUUACGCACAGUGCUGUGACCUGUAUGUGUAUCAUGCAUAGUGCUGUGACAUGUAUGUGUAUUAUGCCCAGUGCUGUGAAAUGUAUGUGUAUUACGCACAGGGUUGUGGCAUGUAUGUGUAUUACGCACAGUGCUGUGACCUGUAUGUGUAUCAUGCAUAGUGCUGUGACAUGCAUGUGUAUUAUGCCCAGUGCUGUGAAAUGUAUGUGUAUUACGCACAGGGUUGUGGCAUGUAUGUGUAUUACAUACUGCAAUGUGACAUGUAUGUAUUACGUACAAUGUUGUGACAUGUGUGUAUAUUACGCACAGUGCUGUGUUAUGUAUGUAUUACGUACAGGGCUGUGAUGUAUCACGCACAGUGCUGUGACAUGUAUGUGUGUUACACACAGUGCUGUGUCAUGUAUGUGUAACAUUCCUCUGGGAACUGUCAUGGUUAUUCAUCAACUGUGAAUGGUGAUCUACAGCCAUUAAAAUAAGUCUGUAAAACAAGUGAUUAUUAUGUACUUUCUCCUGACUGUGAGGUAAAACAUUACUGAGCAGCCAUUUUGCUUCUCUGGAAUCACCAUCUGCACCUCUAUAUAGAACUUAUUGGAUUACAUUUGCAGCAACUUUUCACUAAAAGAUAAUAGUGUCCAUAUUGUCAGCAAUUUGCAAAGCUACACCCAUUUUUGGGGGUGGGAGGGGUAGCUGCAAAUAUUUAGGAUCACGUAACUAAUGUAUACUGAGGGACUGCAACAGAUAUCGGAGAUGGAGGAUGCAACGACACCAGAUUUACCAGGCUCCGAAAUGCAAAACGUUUGUGAGCUUGGUCGCUGUAGCUAACGCUGUGUGACAAUGGCGUUAACCUGUUGUAGCCUAUGAGCUAUACCUCGCAUAUUUAGUCAGCAGAGGGUUUCUCCACACCACACAUGCAUGCUCCGGGGGCCCACACAUGAGCAGGAGGGUAUUAUUUGCUCGUUCAUGUUUUAUUCCCAACUCCGAUUCAGAACCUAAAUGUCAUUAUAGCAAUUUAUAGGCCUCAUUUAUACCCCUUUCCCUCGUUAUUGCACGUGAACACGCAUCAACCCGGGAUUUUGCUUAGUCUGAAAGGGUCCUAAAGCAAUAUCCCGGGUCGAGUGUCUCGGCAUUUCAUCCUGUGUGACAACCUGGGUUGAAGCCGGGAUCGAUCCGGUAUGCUUGCAGUGUGAACGGGUAAGCUGGAUCAAGGCGACCCGGAACCCGUUCCCUGCAUAGAAGGAGGUGGUGCUUGGAGAUGAUUAUCAAGGGAGGGUCUGUGAGUGACAUGCAGGGUAGACCCGGGUUCAGUGUAAUUGGGGCUGACCCGGGAAUAACCCGGGUCCAAUGUGCUGUGUAAUACCCAUUUCACACCGCACAAAUAACCCGGUAUCGACCUGGCAUAUUGUCGGGUCGACACGGGUCAGCGUGCGGGGUGAAAGUGCUAUAGCUGAAAUCCCGGGUCGCCUUACCCAGCAAUUCAACCCGGGUAUAAAGCAGUAUUAUUCCCGGGUUGAAUACAGGGUCAAUGGCAGCGUAAAUGGGCUUCCUGGGUCGAUACGCCGCCUCCGCCCUCGCUGCCGGCUCCGCCCCCCGCUGCUAUAGCAACCCACCCGGCUUAUUGCCGGGUCAGAAAAGCCAGCAGCAGCGUCCAAUGCCGGAUCCCACCCGGGAAGGACCCGUUUCCAAUUCCCGGGUGGGAUCCGGCAUUGGCGGUGUGAAAGGGGUAUAAACAGGGUCUGAUCCUGGUCUGACCCCGGAUGGUACUGUGUCCAGAAACCCUGGUCGAAUCUGGAUUUUUGGUAUAAAAUUGGUACUACUAGCUGGUGUGAUGGUGACAGUGAUAGUCCUAUUUACAGUGAGUGGAUCAUUUAUAUAGCGAUAUAUUGAGAAAACUCUGAUGUUGCUGGGGAUAACAGCAGGUAAGUGGCCGGAGUUACAGAUAUGUUUGUGAAUGGUUCUAGUAGCUCUUACAAAGCAAUUAAGUAAGGAAACAGGAGAGCAAUAAGAGAUAUCACACAUUUCAAAGACAAUUAUUCAACUUCUUUUAUGGCUGCAGAGCCCUCCAACAAGGUGUAUUAUAUUCCUAUGUUUUCUGUGACAUCAUUUUACAUCUGUACGUACAUAAUUUAUCAGUUCUAGUAAAUCUACUGUUAUACAGACCUUCUAUAUAUAGUCUUGUGUUUUCUAAUGACAAAACAAUCAAGUAGUCUAUGUUUAUAGUUUUAUUUAAUUCCAUAUUUUAAUCUAUUGGCUACUUUCAGCGGGAAGCCUGUAUAAUUCUAUCUAUCAUUGUGUUGUACCAUUAAGAUGUCACUGAGCUGUUGUAUAAGUAUUAAAGUAAUGUAGUUAUUAACCA